AUGUCCAUGCUGGACGCGUACGACUACGUAUCCACGUCUAUAUAUGUCAUGUCCGUCGUUCUUGCGGCGGCUUCGAAGUACGACCCUGAGAGUAUCUUGAGACAGGACUCCUUCUUUUUCUCCGUCUUCGUCUUCUUCGCAGCGCCGGUCCAUCAACAACUGAUCACACUAAUCAUGAAAGACGCUGAGAUUGUCGGAGCGUCGCUGGCUGAGGUGCUCCCUCACACAGGGAAAUAUUGGUUUCAGCAGUCCCAUCUCCUCCGCCUGAACCUGAUUCUCCUCAUACCCCUAUUGUCGUCGUCGGUCUCGGGCUACGAUGGAUCCUUGAUGAAUGGCUUACAGUCUCUUGAGACAUGGCGUGAAUACUUUGGACACCCCGAAGGUGCGAUGCUUGGGCUCGUCAAUGCCGCCCAGUCGAUCGGUUCCGUCGCUUCGAUCCCCUUUAUCGGCAACCUAGCCGAUCGAUAUGGCCGAAAGCCUGUGCUGUUGGCCGGGAUCAUCAUGAUCAUUGUUGCAACAGUCAUCCAGGCCUCGUCGUUCAGCUUCGCCCAGUUUGUCGUCUCCCGUUUUCUCGUCGGGUUUGGUGGCAUGUUCGUGGUGCAGCCAAGCCCGAUGCUCAUCGCAGAGCUGGCGUAUCCCACACACCGAGGAAAAUACACAAGCGCUUUCUGGACCAUGUACUACCUUGGUGCUAUCCUUGCUUCGUGGACGACUUUCGGCACGCAGACAUAUACAAGUAAUUGGUCUUGGAGGAUCCCCUCUAUCAUCCAAGCCGCUCUCCCCUGUGUGCAGCUGGCAUUCAUCUGGGCCGUGCCGGAAAGCCCUCGAUGGUUGAUUGCCCACGGUAGAACCCCCGAAGCCGCGGCGAUACUUUCGAAAUAUCACUCCGGGCAGACAGCCCCCGAAGAGGGCUUCUCACCACUGGUCACCCGAGAGCUGUCGGAAAUAGUCCAUGCCAUAGAGCUCGAGAAUAUGAAAGAGUCGGUCGGCUGGAAGGCCCUGAUCUCUUCGCCUGGCAAUCGAAAGCGGACACUCAUCGCGGUGCUCAUUGGAGCCAUGGCGCAGUGGAAUGGGAUCGGUAUCGUCAGCUACUACCUGACCCUAGUACUGAACACGAUCGGGAUUACGGCAACCCACACCCAGACCCUCAUCAACGGCCUGCUCCAGGUGUUCAACUUCAUCGCUUCUGUAGCAGCGGCGUUCCUGGUGGACCGUCUGGGUCGGCGCACCCUUUUUCUCUGGAGCAGUGCCGGCAUGCUCGUAUCCUACGUCGUGUGGACAGCCUGUUCAGCGCUCGUGUCCGAAAACGGCAACAAUGCGGCGGGAAUUGUCGUGGUCGUGUGCCUCUUCAUCUACUACUUCCAUUAUGACAUCGCCUGGACUCCGCUCCUUUUCGGAUAUACGACCGAGAUCUUCCCCUACUCCCUCCGUUCCAAGGGUAUCGCGCUCGAACUGCUGUCUAUCUACAGUUCUCUGAUUGUGGCGGCCUUCUGCAAUCCUAUCGGCAUGGAGAAUCUGGGCUGGAAGUACUACAUAGUCUACUGUUGCCUCCUCGUUGUGUUCUUGUUCAUCGUCUUCUUCCUAUUUCCGGAGACCAAGGGACAUAGUUUGGAGGAAAUCGCGGCUCUCUUUGACGGGGAUGAUGCCAGGAUAUCGGACGACGCGAGGGACGAUAAAGGCGUGGUGCUCAAGGCCAGCGGUGUAGGCGGCACGGCCGACCACACCGAGAGCGCGUAA